GGCGGGCGCCCACCGCGCAGGGAGCGGAGCAGAGCAGAGAGCAGCGCGCCCGGCCGCGCUCCCCGUGCCUACCGCGCCUCCACGCCCGGCGCCGCGCAGCCUCCCGCCGGCUGUACGCUCCAGGCCUCAAUGAGGAGCCCAAACAUGGAGACGUUCAAGCAGGAGAAGGUGGAGGACUUUUAUGACAUCGGGGAGGAGCUGGGGAGCGGCCAGUUCGCCAUCGUGAAGAAGUGCCGAGAGAAGAGCACGGGGCUGGAGUACGCAGCCAAGUUCAUCAAGAAGCGGCAGAGACAGGCCAGCCGGCGGGGUGUGUGCCGGGAGGAGAUCGAGCGGGAGGUGAGCAUCCUGCGGCAGGUGCUGCAUCCCAACGUCAUCACGCUGCACGACGUCUUCGAGAACCGCACUGACGUGGUGCUCAUCCUCGAGCUAGUGUCCGGAGGAGAGCUCUUCGACUUCCUGGCCCAGAAGGAGUCCCUGAGUGAGGAGGAGGCCACCAGCUUCAUUAAGCAGAUCCUGGAAGGGGUGAACUACCUUCAUGCCAAGAAAAUUGCUCACUUUGAUCUCAAGCCAGAAAACAUUAUGUUGUUGGACAAGAAUAUUCCCAUUCCACACAUCAAGCUGAUUGACUUUGGCCUGGCUCAUGAAAUAGAAGAUGGAGUUGAAUUUAAGAACAUUUUUGGGACGCCAGAAUUUGUUGCUCCAGAAAUUGUGAACUAUGAGCCCCUGGGCCUGGAGGCUGACAUGUGGAGCAUCGGCGUCAUCACCUACAUCCUCCUGUGGACAACCAGCAAGCCCUGGUGCGCAGGGAGUCCCUGGUCAACCUGGAGAACUUCAAGAAGCAGUAUGUCCGCAGGCGGUGGAAGCUCUCCUUCAGCAUCGUCUCCUUGUGUAACCACCUCACCCGCUCCCUGAUGAAGAAGGUGCAGCUCAGGCAGAAUGAGGACCUGAGGAAUUGUGAGAGUGACACAGAGGAGGACAUCGCCAAAAGGAAAGCCCUCCACCCCCGGAGGAGGAGCAGUACCUCCUAACUGGCCAGGCUCAAGGUGGCCACCAGGGAGGCCUGGGCCCCGCAGGGCUCCUUUCUAUGCAGACUCUUGGACCCCGCUUGUCGCCAGCACCCAGGCAUUCUGCAUCCCUGAGCACUUUGCAAGAGAGAUGGGCAUGCAGGAUUCAGAAGCAUUUGCAGGGGAGCCAGGAGACCCUGGGAGCUGUGGCUGUCACCUCCUGGGAAUGCAGGAGACUCCAGCAUUCCCAAAGCUCUUAAUUCUCCACAAAAUGGGCUUUCACCUGCUGCCAACCUCAGAACCUGGGAUGGGGAUGUGGACCUAAGAAAAUUAUGCAAAUGACCAUCAUCAUCAUGGGUGAAGGUCAGAUUCAGGCAGCUUUCCUCACAGGAUGAGGGAGUUCAGAACCAGCCUGGUCAAAACUGACACCAGGAAGACAGAGGCCUCCCCCAUGGGAACAAGAUAAGAAGUGAAAUGAAUCUUGGGGUGUGAGGGACCAAUCCUGUGACCUCCCAGAACCCACAUGGAGUCCACGUGUCAUGCUGGCCGACAUAUCAAACCUUCUAAAGCAGCCCAUUUUCAGCCCACUGUGUUGUAAUUUUUUUCACUUUUAUUAAACUUCUGGUUUACCUGAUGCUCAGCUUCUUUUAGGACUCUCCCAAUCUGAUUUUCUUUAGCUCAGGUGCCUAUGACUGUCGGGGAGCACCUGGGGUGCUGAGUGGAUAGCACCUCCGAGGGUCACACUGAGCCACCCGCUCUGGACUGCAGGGUGCCUACCUUCUACAUCCUUCCCUAAAGGAGUGCAGCCCAAGAAAACCAGCCCAGAUACCAGCAUAUAAUGCCUGUGCUCCCUCCGCUACGACGACAGUCACCCCUGCUGGUGUGGACUGAGUUGUGUCUCCCAACCUCUGGUACCACUGAGUAUUUGGAGACAGGUCUUCAAAGAGGUCAUUAAGGUAAAAUGAGGUCACUGAGGUAGACCCUAAUCCAAUAGGACUGGUGUCCUUAUAAGAAGAGAGAUCAGGAUGCACAGGACCAUAUGAAGAGACAGUGAGAAAGCGACCAUCUACAAGCUAAAGAGAGAGGCCUCAGAAGAAGCCAACCCUGCCAAGACUCAAUCUCAGACCUCUGGCCUCCAGAACUAUGAGAAAAUAAAUUUCUGUUGUUUAAGCCACCCAGACUGUGCUUCUGUGUUGAGGCCGCUCCAGAGAACUAAUACACCUGCCAACGAUGGCCAAGAUAGGGGCAGGGGGCUUUAUGAAGAUGUGGUUGGAGAAGGUCAAAGAGGGACCUACAGGGAGAAAGGAGAGGAAAAAAAAGAUGGAUUACCUGGACCCUUGAGUGAAGAUGGCAAGAGAACUUUGACAACAUAGAAAUCUGAGCCCUGCUUUCCAGGCCAAAAGAAUGGUGGUGCUGAGCAGAAACCCAAGAGAAGACCCUUGGAAGCCGGAAGUAAAGAGGGUCGGGGUGAGGCACCAAGGCUGAGAAAGUACAUGGGAAGAGGUGGGAAAAAGGGAGAGAAGUUGUGGAAGGUGAGUGAGGGAAAGUGUGCCAGGAAGGAAAGAGGGGAAGAAAAUAAGGGUGGAAAGGAAAGGGCACGGGGAGAAGGGGAGGCAUCCUUUCCCUUUGUCAGCAGCAAGUUUUAAGCACGUUGUGUGAGAGAGUGGGCCCGGCGGCCCUCAUCCAGUGAAUGAUCUAGGGCAAAAUGGCCCCACAGAAACGGAAAGGCAGUCCAGUUUCAGAAAAGCUUCCAGCCAGAAAUAGAGUGGCCUGCAAGCUUGUUGAAGAAAGCUCUGCCGUUGCCUUGGACGUCCCAGUUCUCAGGAGGGUCCAGCUCUGUGCCUCCCUCCAGCCUCUGGAGGAUAGCCGAGGCUGAGAACUGCUAACUGUGUUCAGGGCCCCUGGGUCAUGGCUGUGGCUGGUCACAUAGAUCAGCAGGGAAUGUUCUAGAACAAGGGCUCCUGGGCCCUCCUAGGAAGUAAAACGUGGUAGCGAGUAGGCGGCUGCCCUCCUGCUAGGAAAGAGGGCAGUGAAUGGCUUUGACAAACCCAGUCUUGAGUUUGCAAUCAUGACCAAAGGGUAAGCCUUUUGGAACUUGUCUGGCCCAACCACUGCACUGUACUGAAGAGGAAACUGAAACCAAGAGAGAGGAAGUGACUAGUUGUGCUUCACACAGCAGAUUCGUGAACAUGUCUGACGAAAGCCCAGACUUCCUGACUCCUAGUACUGUGUUCAUUUCUUCAGCUUGAUAACUGUGGGAGACCUUUCAGGAAGUGGAUGGACACUUUGCUUUGCGUCAUUUUAAACAUGCUCUCAUCGGUCCUUUACUGUUGCCUGCCCUGUCAUUCAUUUCUGGAAACGGGAGAAACGGUCACACUUGCUUUUUUCCAUCUUUGCGAAGGGCACUGCCCCUGAGUGGGGAUAGCUCGGCAGCCAACCUCCAUGGGCUGCAAGUUGGUCAGUGAACCGAUAUAUAUUGGGCUCCCACUGUAUGCCUAGGACUGUUCCAGAUGCCAGGGUUAGAACAAUGAACAGGACAGACUUGAUAACUUCCCCUACGGGGUUCUACAUUCUGUAAAGUCCUGGGAAUCCAGGACUCCGUCCUACUUACAGGCUGCUCCUCCCCGCUCCUUCUCAUCCGGAUUACAUAAAGCCCUGUUGGCUGGGUCCCCCUCAGCGCAGCUCUCUGGGGUUUGAAGGCACCCGCUGGGGUUCCCAAAUCCCUCAGGAAGCACAGGGCCAGGCAGUGGGCAGAGACGAGCCUUUGAAGAUGUGCAUCGUUUGAGGAUGACUUUGACACCUAGCAGCCCGAAGCCAAGCAUCUGUGCCAAUCCCAUACAGGGCCCCAGUCCCUGUGGCCUCUCGGCUGGCAGAGGGCUGGUGCCCUCCAGGUGUGAGGAAGGGUGGAACAGCUGGCCCAGGGGAACUAGGUGUUCUGGGUUAGUUCUGAAGAAGGCUGUGUUGACCAGCUGACACUUCAGGAGACCACAGUGUGCCCUGAGGCGAAUGGAACAUUUCCAGUGAUGAGCUCAGUUAAAAGGCAGUCUUCAAAGAGUCUGAAGGUGCCCUGCCCCCGAGUGUUUGCCUGUAUGUUUGCAGAAUGCUGCAUUAAUAUUUCACAAAGGCACAUAUAAAUAUUUCAGUGCUCUGCAUUUUAAUGUCAAUCUCACGGGUUUUUCUGACUCCAGAUCUUGGAUUUCAUUUGCCUUUUCCACUAGCCUAUUUAUUUGCCGAAAGCCUUAUUUUGGAAGCAGGCGAAGAAGGCCAUACCAUAAGAGGUGAACCACAAAAUCUCUAUGAAAGGAAAGUAGGUACGUGUGAAAAGAGCUUAAUUGAGGACUGGGAUAUCACAAGGAAUUUCAUCUGGCACAGGCUUAUCGAACUUUCCAGCUGGUUCACAACUUGAUGUCAUUCUGACAUUGUUCUGUUCACCGUUGCUGCACCCCAAAGAAUAAUUGUUCCUUGGUGGGCUGCUGAGAGAAUCCCAUUCUAAGCAGACCUUAAUAGGCUUAGGGAUUGGAGCCAUCGAAGGGCUGUAAACAAUGGUUAAUUCACAUUUCAAAAAGCAGAAACACAGUUGCUGACCUCUCAUUAAUAGUUUCUAUUUUUCCCUUUCUCCCACUAGUUCCCUUUUUCUCUCCCCCUCUAUCCAUUAGCAAGUCAUAAUAUAUAGCUGAAGUA